UUGCAAGCUUACUAUGUCGGAAUGUCAUGGCGGCAGAUUCGCCCGUGACAAUCUUGGCAACCUACAAAGAUGUCAUCAUUUGUGUUGUUGCUUCCGCUUUGGCGGGGGUGGGGGUGGGAUUCUUUGGCUGCCUUUUGUCCUCAGCCGAUAAGCAGAGGCAGCUGAAUGGUGGCAAACACACAGAUCGCAGCCGGAUUCGAUGUGUUCUGGGAGCAAUAGGAUCCACAAUCUUUGGUGUGCUGUCACUGGUCGGACUUGCCUUUGGCCCCGUUGCCCUGGUGGUCGUCGUUCGUGCUGGAGCCACUCUACCUGCAAAUGCCUUUUUCAGCCAGGUCUUCCACUUGCGACCUUUAACGACCAGCGAUGCUCUUGGCACACUGGUCACCCUCUCAGGUGUGGUUUGCUUUACUCUCUUCCAGGGAGAGCCAGGCCCAGAGGUGACCGUGCCCGUCUUUCUGAACUUUGUGAAGAGACCUAUCUCCAUUGUUUGGAAUUGCAUUUUGGUCCUGGCAACACUCGCUGGUGUCUUUUAUAUGUUGGAGGAGCGCCUGCGGAGAAGGAGCUGCCUGCUUCGCUCAACAAGAUUGAAAUCCUCAGGGCGCUGGCCGAGCUUCCGAGACUCUACUCGCCGCUUGAAGAUCCGAAGAGUGAAAAGCACAGCUCAGCACGAGCAACCGGAGCAACCCGAGCAACCCGAGCAACCCGAGCUCGAGGGAGAAUCUCAGGAAAGUGAGGAUGUCAAGAAGCACUGCUGCAGUAAAGAGUUGAUGGAGGUGCUGGCUGUCUGUCUGGUGACAUCAUGCAGCAGCGCAGAAAUGGAUGUGGCUGCGAAGGGCUGGGCUGCAGCUUUGAAAGAGGGACCGGCCGCUGCGUUGCAGUCGGCACUCUUCUGGCUCUCCGUCAUCACCAACGUGAUUUUCUUGGUGGGCAUGCGAGCAGGAACCAUCAUCGGCUGCCACAGGUGUGAUGUUUUGCUCUUCAUCCCAACCAGCACCGUCAUGAACAUCUUCGUGAGCGUCGCUACGGGCUUGGCUGUGCUGGAGGAAUGGAAGCAAGUGACGUCUUGGACGGGCCUGUUCAGUAGCUCCCUGACCGUGCUGGGCGGCAUUAUCAUGCUUGUUGAUGGUCCAGCAAACAGUGAGCCUCCCAGGAGCGAGGAGAUGAUUAACUUGAGCGAUGUCUCGGAGGAAGAGGAAGAGUCUUCCAGCGAAGAGGAGGUUGGCUGUGUCCCUGCAAUGUGUGACUUAGAGGUCGAUCCCUCGGAUGAUGAUCCAGAUCGUCCAAGGCUCGCCACAGUCUCCGUCUCCGAGUUGUUGGUCACCACCAAAAUGCAUGCGAUUGCGACCAUGAACAAAAAUCAUUCUCAAGCGGUUUGGUGGAAGAUGCAGAGAAGGGAUGAGGCAGAGAGGCAGUGCCAGGACCAGAGGAUGGGAAGUCGUUGGACAUCUGCUCCCAACUUGCGAGCGCUGGGAGAAAGAUCUGAUGAAGUGAUGCGGAGCAGAAGAAGUCAAAGUGACACCAAUGGUUCUCCGCAAUCAGUUGGUUCUCCCGUCACGAAGCGUGGCAGUUGUUAGGAGAGAGCGAAGCGUGGGAGGAAAAAAAGAGACAUGAUGCCUUGGAGUUAAGUUAAGUUUUUCUAAAAGCCUAGGAACCAAAUCAUUGGUGCGAGCACUUCUUCAAGGAAGCUCUCCCCCGCCCUCGCUUUGAAGAAACAUGAGCUAUCCUGCGUCCAGUUACUAGAAGCUUUAGUAGCUGGCAAACUUCUCGCCUACCCCAGUAGCGUCCUUGCUCCUAGUAGCGAUGCCAGGCACCCCUAGUAGCGUCCGUGCUCCUACCUAAUCAAGUAAGGAGGCAGGGCCACGAUUAGAGAAGUUGCCCUGUCAGGUCUAGACUCGAGAAAAUGCGCUGAGCUGCGGUGAAGAGCGAGUUUCAGAAAACACUAAUGUGCGAUACCAACAUGUGACACAGACCUUUCCUCCGUUUCUCUUUUAUGUGUUCCUACUAGGGAUGGCCUCCAACAUGUGACACGCACAGGCCCAUAGUCCGUCAAGUGAAAUGCUGACACAAACUUCUGAUGGCAAGUUGUGGCGAAUUUGGCUAAGUUUACUUCUAAAGUGACACACACACAUAGUAACAACACUGACACAAAGG